CAAAUAGAGAGAGCACAAAAUCCUGGGUCAUGUUGUGUUUGCCCUCCCAAUUUAUUGAUGAAUCAAGAAACAAUUCAUUAUUGGAAAGUUACUUCCCUUGCUAUGAAAAAGCUUGUGGAGAAUGGAUUUAAACUUGCUGAGUCUGAUAAAACACGAUAUCUUUGUCAUUUAUGUUAUAAUCCUAAAAAAUUUAAAAGCAUAUUAUAUUAUUAUGGAAAAGCGCUUACUGAUGCAUUGUAUGACUAUCAACACCAGCAACACAAAGAUGUUUUAUAUGAUCCCAAAGAAUUUGUAGUGACAUUAAACAAUUAUAAUUCAAAUCUGAAAUCAUUCUUUGAUGCAAUAGUUGAAAUGACUAAUCUGAAAAGAAAAAUUGUUGGUAUUUGCUAUGAACUUGCUGGAAUGUAUAACAAAUUUGUUAAUUUAAUGAAGAUCGAUGCUGAUAUUAGUUUAAUGACAAUAGGAACAUUGAAACAAGGAAUUGACGCAUUAGCUACUUUAGGUGUUACUGCAUCAUAUAAACGAAUGCCUAAUGUAACUUCACUUCAUACGAUAAAUCAUAUGGCUACUAUUUGUGUUAAUUUGUCAAAACAUUAUAUGCCAAUUCCAUAUUAUUCAUUAUCAGGAUAUAAUAUUCACAAUCCUGAAUUUAUUGAUGCUAAUAUUAUAAUUUCAAAGCUUCAAAUUGCAAACUUACCUGAUAAUAUGUUAAUUGAUAGUUUAACAGUUCAUAUAUAUGAUUCAGAUAUAGUAGAGUGCAAAGAAGAAAGAGUAAUGAAAGAUGUUAAACUUGUCGAUUUAAUUCCUUUAGAACUUCAUUCAAUAGAUGCUUAUUUAAAGACAAUUAAUACUUAUACUCAAUUACAAUCUAUUAAACAAUAUCUUGAUUUAUUUAUUGUAUCAGUUCCUGCAGACUUUCCUGAACAACUUUAUAUUUGUCAUGCUAUUGUUCACAAAUUAAUGCUUGGUAAUCAAACAUCAAUACCUGAUGAAAUUUUACAAUUUAUUUCUAUACUAGAACCACUACAUUAUCAAUUAAAACAAUUAGAAGAAAUAUCUGUUGAGUUUUUAUUAUCUUUGUUUAUUGAUAUUCGAAAUAAAGAUGGCCAAAAUAAAAUAACUACUUCAAAAAAAUGUUCUAAAUGUUUUUUAGCAGCAUUUAAUACAGAUGUUGAUAUCAAAUGGUUACCAACCGGGUAUCAUGUUUUAAAAAAACCUUCAAAAGACAAAUUUUGUAAUACAACAAAAUAUCGAUUGAAGUUUGGAAUUAAUAAGAAUGAAAUAAUUGAGCCUAAUAAUAAUGAAAUCGAAGUCGAAGAUGAUAAUGAAGUCGAAGAUAAUAAUGGAGUUGAAGAUAAUAAUAAAAUCGAAGAUAAUAUCAGUCAAAUUGAAAUAGAUAGUAAUAUAAGCAAUUGCCUUGAUGCAGCUUUACGCUUGUUUUAA